AUGAACGACCUGUUUGACUGCUGCUCUCCCCAGAGGGCCCCGGACUUGGCGAUGCAGGCAGAGCAGAACAACGUUCCGCGUCCUCCUCGUCAGCAGCCCACCAGGUUGCAGGCGACCAUGAGCUCCCCCACAGCUCAUCGCGAUGAUCUGAAGCGCCGCAAGCCCUCUCCUCUCGGGCUCGUCCUGGUCAUGGACGAGGAUGACGUUGUUGUAGAGAGCAUUGCGCGCGGUUCCGUCGCUGGCAUGGACUCGAGGAUCCGAGCAGGAGACUUGCUGCUGGCAGUCGAUGGAGUGGAGAUCAAGUCGGUGGUACAAGCGCAGCACCUCCUGGUAGGGGAGGCGAAUUCGCACGUACAGCUUGUGCUGGGGAGAGUGGAUGAGAAAGGAGACACGCAGAGUGUGAGGAGAUUCUUUGUGACUUUAAUCCGUGAAUGA